AUGGAUGCCGUGGUGGAAUUGUUCCGCAAGCUCGCUGAUGUCACCUUUAACGCCGCCUGGAAAGAGAUUGCUAGGCAGCUGAAAUUCAGUGAAGAUUUGGGGAGCAUCAAGGACAAUCUGUCCUUCAUUCAAUCAUUCCUCAGGGACGCGGAGAGGCAGUCGUCAAAGCUGCAGAGUGUCCGUCACACGCUCAAGAAGCUCAAGGCUGCAGCUUAUGACUUAGAGGAUAUGCUGCUACUCUUCGAGUCCUGGACCACCACCCACAAGGGUGAAGUCCUUCCGCUUAGCGCCAAGGCUACAAAGGAAUUAGUUGCAUGCUCUGAAAGGUUGAAGAUGCCUCAUAAAUUGAAAAGAAUGAGGGAAACAAUAGAGGAGAUAAUAGAUCACCAGAACAAAUUCAACUUCAGAGAAGACACUAGAAAGAACGACGAAGAAGUGUUCAGGAAACGUGAGACAUUUUCAGAUGCUGAUGAAGUCCCCAUUGGGAGGAUCGAAGAAAAAGAAAGAAUAAUCAGUAUGCUGCAAGCAGAUGACUCAAACUGCUUCAUCAUUUUUAUUUGUGGUUUUGGAGGAGUAGGUAAAACUACUCUUGCCCAGAUGGUCUUCAACGAUGAUAGAACAAUGCAAUUCUUUGACAUCCAAGUGUGGGUCUAUGUCUCUCUAAAAUUUGAUAUCAAGACCAUCGGUCAAUCUAUCAUCUCCCAACUGGAUAAAUCAAGUAGCUCUGCUGAUAUCACCUUACAAGCUACACGGGACCGCUUGAAAACUAUUGUUAAAGGGCAACGGUUUCUUAUUGUUCUUGAUGACCUAUGGGAAGAAGAUCCAGAUGAGUUGGAAAAACUAAGGACACUGCUGCGGGGUGCUAAAGCAGGCAGCAAGAUCAUUGCAACCACACGCAGUGUAAAAGUUGCUAAGCUAAUGAAUGGGAGUUUGACAAUAGAAUUAGGUGCUUUACCGGACAAUUGCUGCUGGGAGUUGUUCAGAGCAAAGGCAUUUCCACAUGGAAAGGUGGAUGCUGAUAAGGAAAGUAUAGGAAGAGAGAUAGUAAAUAAAUGCAGCGGAAUGCCACUAGCAGCAAAUUCUUUGGGUCACCUUUGCCGGAGAACUAAUGAAUGGAAAGCUAUACUGGAUAGUGAUAUCUGGGCAGAAGAUGGAGAUGGACCUUUCAUAGACACGAAAGUACUACCAUCACUGAAGCUUAGUUAUCAAUACAUGCCUUAUCAUCUCAAGCCCUGUUUUGCAUAUUGUGCUGUUUUUCCUAAAGGCUCCCGCAUAGAGAAGAGCAGCUUGAUUCAGCAGUGGAUUGCUCUUGGAUUUGUUCAGCUCCCUGCUGCUAGCCAAUCGUUCACCGUGCAACAAGCUGGAGAAAGAUACUUUGAGGAGCUUCGUGAGAUGUCGUUUCUUCAGGAUGUAGCUGGAAUGUCUCCAACUCCAUUUGCAAGAUAUAACGAACCUCGAGGUGUACAACAGAUGCAUGAUUUGGUUCAUGAUCUAGCUAGAUUAGUUGCGGGUGAUGAAGUUAUUGCCUUUGAUGCUAAUAGGCAACAAAAUCCUCAUGGUAAUACAGACAACUGCCGACACAUGUUGCUCUCAAAUUUAUGUGACUCAUCCCUAUAUUAUUGGUCUAUACCUAGCACAGCAAGGGCUCUUCGUUUUGAGAAGUGUAGCAUUGCUCAGGCUAGUUUGAAGUCUUUGAUGGGAGCUGAAUUCUUACGUGUACUGGAUUUAGGUACAUGUACCUCUAUUGCCGAUCUACCUGAUUCUAUCAGCAAUUUUAGACUGUUGAAGUUCUUAAAUAUAUCUGGAAUGCAAACUGGCCUUCUGCCCAAGUCCCUAAGCUCCUUGCAUGGUUUACUAGCAUUGAAUCUUUCCGAAAAUACUGGCCUUGUUGAUAUUCCCAGUUACAUUUGUGAAUUUGUCAACCUACACUAUUUGGAUCUACAUGGCUGCUCAAAUCUUAGAGAGCUGCCACAAGAAAUUCAUAUACUCAAAGAGCUGCUACACCUGAACCUAUCAGGAUGUGGUAGCCUACAAUCUCUGCCUAAUGAGUUUGGGGAGCUUCGAAAACUCUCAUUCCUCGACCUUUCAUAUUGUUCUCAGCUUCAAACGCUUCCUUCAAAGUUUGGUGGGCUUCAGGAACUUUUGUAUCUCAACCUGUUGCAUUGUUACCAACUUUGUGAGCUGCCUGAUUCUUUCAUUUACCUUGCAAAUAUGAUACAUCUGAAUAUGUCCUUCUGCCACCAGUUGAAACUAUUGCCUAGUGGGUUAUUCAAGUACAUGAAGAAGCUUCUAGGUUUGAAUUUGUCUGGCUGUACCUCUCUUGAAGUUCUUCCUGAAGUUUGUGAGAAUGAUGCUGGCUGCUGCCCGAUGUUGGAAACUUUGGAUUUAUCAAAUUGUACUAAUCUGGCUGCCCUUCCAAAUUCCUGCACCAGCCUUUGUGAGCUCCGGUAUUUAAAUCUAUCAGGUUGUUCUCGAAUUAACAACUUUCUAAAUUUGAUUCCGCACUGGAAAUUCGAUAAGUUGGAGUACCUAAAUCUCUCUGGGUUUGAUGCUAAAGCUUAUCCUGAAGCUCCAGGAACCUCUGUGGCAAAUGUAGAGAGUUCAGAAGAUCUCAAUAGAGAACUAGAGCUAGGUAUGCUGCAAGAGGAUAUCAUCACCCAACGUCUGCAUCAUCUUAAGUACCUAUCAGUUGGAGGGUUCACACUCUUCUCAAAAAAAGGCAUUGCAAGCUUGGUAGACCUUCUAACCUUGCCCAACUUUAAUGUACGGGCACAACCUGCAGACAACCACAGCAAUAUUAUGCUUCUCCAGCAGAUCCUGGAUCUCACCCAUCAUGAGCUAAACAUCAAAUGCCUUGAGAAUGUGGUGUCGCCAGAGGAAGCAAAGAAAGUGGAACUGAGCAGGAAGCAACAGCUUCAUUUCUUGAGUUUUGAAUGGUCUUGUUUUUUGUCUUCUUUGACACCUGAUGGGGCUGGUGAGGAAAAGGCUAUGGCAGUUUUGGAAAAUUUCAGGCCCUAUUACAAUUUACAGUGCCUCUCUUUAAAAGGCUACAGUGGAACCAGAUUUCCUAAUUGGGUUAACAAGAUAGAUGACACACUCCCAAAUCUGGUGAAAAUUGUAUUGUCCAAUAUCAAGGGAUGUGACCAUAUUCCUACAUUGGGACAUUUACCAAAUCUACAGGAACUGGAGAUUAAUGAUAUGCCUCUGCUUCGUCAUGCACGAAUUGUACCAUGCAAGAAGUUAAGACGACUGACAUUGGUUGGACUGCAAGACAUCACUGUACUUAUAUUUUAUGAUGACAACUCAGAGACACAAGUAAAUGAUGUGGAAGAGACUGGAGUACAUGAGGUGGUAUUAAGUCGUGACUUCGAUGAGGAAGAGAGAGAAACAAGAGAUAAGCAUGACAAGUUACCUGGUUCUCUUCCUGUAAAUAAGCAAGUCAAAAGAAAGGCAGCAGUAGCAGGCCUUGUAGCAAAGGUCAAGGGUUGUUUAAAAGCUCCACGCUGUGGCACGUCGACAGAGACAAAGAGAAUACACUACAUUGGUGCUGGAAAUGACGCACCUGCUGUCACCUGCAAGCCAGUACUAACUCCAGCUCCCUCUAAAGAAAGAAGAGAACAGGAAGCAGGUCCUACACUUGAUUAUUUGAAGAUAGAAAGCUGUCAUAAUCUAAAACUGCAUCCAUAUAUCCCAAUGAGCAAGGAGUACAUCAUCAAGAAUAGCUUUCUCAAUCUGGAUCAUAUCGAGGAAGAUGCCAUAGGUAUCCAAAGAUAUGAUAUGUUGCAUUUGAAUCCCACAUUCAAAUCAAAAAUGUGGAUAGACUGUGUUGAAAUACAUGAUGAUUUUCUAAGAUGGAUUGACAUCAACGUGGAGGAGCUUUUUAUCACUAGAUGCAACAUCAUUGCCAGACCGUCCAGAAUGGAGGAACGGCCUUUUGGAACCCUUCGGAAAGUCAAGAUAACAGAUUGCCACAGGCCACUUCCUAAAAUAUUGGCUCUAUUCACAUCACUACAGGAAAUUGAAGUCGAUUGCAUCCGCUACUUCUUCUGGCAUGACUCACUGCAUAAAAUGACCAGAUUGGAAAAAUUGACUACACCAUCUCCAGAACUUCUUAUUUCAAUGUUGUCCGGCUAUCAUCAUAUUCCGUAUGUCAAUACGAGGGAGGUGGCUCUUUUUAGCGUAAGACCAAAGCGGAGUCGGGUGUACAGGAAUCCGCUUUUAUUUUUUGACAGCUACAGGCAGCAGCUACGUUGGAAAGAAGCACUGGAGGAGGAAGAAUUAGAAACACUAGAAGAAGAGGGAGACAAUGAAGAGGAGGAAGAUCCCCUCAGGCACUGGGUUCACCGGAAAAAAGAGAUGGAAGAGAAUGAAACACAAGGGGAAGAGCACCCCCUACACUUUGCCACUGGCUCUGCCACUAAUUGCUCCAAUAACUUUUCCCUUCUAUAUCAAUACCAUGACUACAAAAUUGAGCAGAUAACUAUCCAGAAUCUUGAGCAUGUGGAGAGAGCAGAGGAAGUAAGCGGGCAAGGCCAGUUGUCCCAAUAUCAGCAACUGCAGUCACUGAGUUUGAUGUGGUCUAGCAGCAGUUUGCCACAGGAUUCAAGCAUAGUUAAUGACUUUCUGAUUCUUGAAAAACUCCAGCCUCAUGGGGCCCUAAAAACACUUCGAAUACAAGGCUAUAGGAGUCGUACAUUGUGCUCCUGGGUGAUGGAUAUAAGUUUUUCCCUUCCAAAUCUUGUGAAAGUUGAGCUGUCUGACAUGAUAUUGUGUGAGCAUAUCCCUUUAUUAGGCAAAUUAGCAAACCUGGAAGAGCUGUGCAUCUCAAAUAUGCCUUGUGUCGCCAAAGUUGAUGCUGCUAUAUAUGGAGACAAGACACCAUUAUUUAGGAAACUGAGAGAGUUUACAAUCAAGAAAAUGAAUGGCCUCGAGAAGUGGGAACUUCUUCAGUACUGUGUUAAUCUGGAGCAACUGAGUAUUCGUUCCUGUAUCGACCUUACUACCUUGCCAGAUAGCAUCCGAUGCUGCCUCUUCCUCAGCAAAUUAGAGGUACUAGAAUGUUGGAAUUUUUCUGCUUUACCGGAAUGGCUUGGAGAACUUGUAUCACUGCGUGAUCUGUGUGUGCAUGCUGCCAAACUCGAGCGAUUGCCCCAAUCCAUUCAAGACCUCAUUGCUUUGGAGAAGCUGGUCCUUAAGAAGUGCAACUACAGACUCCGCAAACGUUGCACAUCAGGAGAGGACAAAGACAAGAUAAAACACAUUGGAAGUGUAGAUAUAACUCAGAGCCCUGUUCUCUUGGUCCAUUCAAACGAUAUGUUUAUGGAGAGGAUUUGUAGUCCCCAGCUUAUUGAACUACAUAUUGUGUGCUCUAAAUACAAUAAAGUAUCCACACUGGAUGUAAAAAAGCUCCACCCUUAUGACUCGCUCGAAAUACUUAGCUUAAAGGGAUAUGAUGAUGCAUAUAACCCUCUUUGGAUGUCAUCACUCCCAAACCUUGUGAAAUUGGAGCUCACUAGUGUGGUACUUGAACAUAUCCGUCUGGAUCAGUUACCAAACCUUGUGAAAUUGGAGCUCUCCAGUGUGGGAUUUGAACAUCUCCGUCUUGAUCAGUUACAGAGCCUCCAAGAGCUGCACAUUUCACGGGUACAGAGCAUAAGGUCGAAAGUCUGCAUCUGGUGCACAGAACCACUUAGAAAGCUCAGAAGAAUUACAAUGUCCGAAUUAACCAACCAGGAGUUGCAAAUAUCCAUGGAGGGGCAGGGUUGUAGCGAUGAGAAUUUGUUUCCAGGCCUACAAGAUCUGGAGAUACACUGUUGUUCUAUGUUGAGGUUUGAACCAUCAAUCCCAAGGAGUGCCAGGUACAUCUUAUCAGGCAGGAAAGGACAACCUGGCCAAGACAUGUGUCCAUCUUUUGCUCGAAUCAUGAGGCCAUCCAUCCCUGCCUCAUUAUACAAAAUGGAGAUCAGGUAUAGCAGAGGGUUUUCAUCCACAUCCUGGAACGGUCUACGACACUUUGACAUCGGGGAAUUGAUUAUAGACGACUGUUAUGAUGAUAUACCUUUGCCAGAGAGUAUUCGGGGAUGGAGAUCCCUCCAGAAACUCGAGAUAUUGAACUGUGACGAAAUUACGACGCUGCCAGAGUGGCUGUGCGAGAUCACCUCGCUCCGGGAGCUCAAGGUGGAGACCUACUUUAUGAAAACUUUACCUGCAUGCAUCCAACAGCUCACCGGAUUGCAGACCUUGACCCUGUUAAACUGUGGACCAGUGCUUGAGAAGAGAUGCAGAUAUGGAGAGGAUAAGAACAAGCUGGCACAUAUUCCAAAUGUGACUAUUAUAGAUUGA